CUACGAUGUAAUUUUUUAAAAUGUAAAUUAAACCUUCAUUCUAAACGCAAAGAUUUGAAAACAUUUCACAUAACGUCAAACAAGGAUUCCAUGGCAAAGUACCAUAUUAUCAUAUGACUAUAUGUGCAAAUUGUAGUGACGUCAUCUUGGAAGGCCUGCCGGAAGUUUGCGCAUGCGCAGAAAACUAGCAACAGCUAAAUUCUCUUUUGGACGCUAGCAGCUGAACGAUACAGACGUGUCUCCAGCAGCUCUCCCGAGCUGCUACCUCGGCGCAUCCCCGCUAUGCAUGAACGGACAAGAUUGACUCAUUCCACUAGGCUUCUGCCGAUUCGCCCACAGGAAGGAAAUGGUUUAUAUUGCGAAUCAAAGAAUAAAUGUGUAUACUGUUGAAAUUAACGAAAACUCUUGAUUCUUUCUUCAAUUAAUAUUUGAUGUGAAGGAUGCGAGCAGCACCCAUCCAGUGCGGGAAUCUGUCAUCCUGUUACAAAAUCUUUGCCAUUCAUCAACACAUCAUGAACUUCCUGAUAUUACAUACGAUUUAAACGAGAUAUACCAAAUGACACAUGCAUGACAAAUUUUUUUUACUUCAAAUGCAUCAAGAAUAUUGCUCAUCAUUGAAUUGAAAUAUUUCUGAUCUGGCAGCAGCCUAACCGACUGGAUCCAUUAUUUUCUGUGUACAGAGAAAAUCGGCAAACUUCAUCUGCAUUACUACCUCGAAUAUGGACAUAUGGAAUUUGCAUUCAAAUUAAAUAUUUACUAACAAGUUUCUGGCAUCAUCGUAUGUUAACAAACAUCUCAGUUGAUGUCUCAUAUUGCAAAAAAACAAAAUAAGAAUAUACGAAUAACAGUGGGCAAAGAAAAAAAAAUGGAUAAUGAGUCGUAUGAGAAACAGGCUGAUGACAUAUGUACAGAGGAAGGGAAAACAUGUUGUUGUGACAUCUGUGGUAAGUCGUUCUCUAAAAAAUACAGCCUAACCAUUCACAAACGUAUUCAUACUGAACAGAAUCCGUAUCGCUGUGAUAACUGUGGUAAAGUAUUCUCUCAAAAGAUUCACCUAACUAGACACAAACGGUAUCAUAAAGAAGACAAGCCAUACCAUUGUAAUAUCUGUGGUAAGACAUUCUUGUCGAAGACUGCAUUGACAGUUCACACAUCUAUUCAUACGGGAGAGAAACCAUAUGAGUGUGAUGUCUGUGGUAAAUCAUUCUCUGCAUCUUAUUACUUAACAAGACACAAAUACAUUCAUACAUCAGAAAGACCAUAUCGCUGCGAUAUAUGUGGUAAAUGUUUUUAUGGAAGUGUUGACUUGACUAGACAUAAACGCAUUCAUACAGGAGAGAGACCGUAUCACUGUGAUAUUUGUGGUAAAUCAUUUUGUGGAAGUAAUGACUUAUCUAAACACAAGCGUAUUCAUACAGGAGAGAAGCCAUAUGAAUGUGAUAUCUGCGGCAAAUCAUUUUUCUCUGGUAAUGGAUUAAUCACACACAAACGUAUUCAUACAGGUGAGACACCAUUUCAAUGCGAUAUUUGUAGAAAAUCAUUCUCUUGCAGAGAUGGCUUAACUAAACACAGACGUAUUCAUACAGGAGAGAAGCCAUACCACUGUAAUAUCUGUGGUAAAUCAUUUGCGAGAAGUAGUGACUUAACAAUACACAAACGUAUUCAUACUGGUGAGAAACCAUAUCACUGUGAUAUCUGUGGUAAAUCAUUCUCUGGAAAUGGCAAUUUAGCAAAGCACAAAUUAAUUCAUACAGGAGAGAAACCAUAUCACUGUGAUAUUUGUGGUAAAUCAUUCUGUGAAAAUGGCAACUUAACUGCACAUAAAUAUAUUCAUGUUGCAGAAAAGUCAAUUAAAUGUGAGAUCUGUGGUAAAUUAUUCUCUCGAAGUGAUCAAUUACAUAGGCAUAAACGGAUUCAUACAGGGGAAAAACCAUACCGCUGUGAUAUCUGUGGUAAAGCUUUCUCUGAUAAAAGUGCAUCUAAUAUUCACAACCGUGUUCAUACAGGAGAGAAACCAUAUCAUUGUGAUAUCUGUGGUAAAGCAUUUUGUGGCAGCAGUGAGUUAACUAAACAUAAACGCACCCAUACAGGUGAGAAACCGUAUCACUGUGAUAUUUGUGGUAAAUCAUUCUCUGUAAGUAGUGACAUACAUAGGCACAGACGCAUUCACACAGGUGAAAAACCUUACCAAUGUGAUAUAUGUGGCAAAUCAUUCUCUGAAAAUGGUAGCUUGUUGAAACACAAAUUUAUUCACACAGGGGAAAAAGCACAUAGCUGUGAAAUUUGUGGCAAAUCUUUCUACAUUAGAAAUAAAUUAACUAGACACAUGCGUAUUCAUACAGAACAGAUGGCAUUGAUUUAUUUGAUAUUGUUGAAAUGCAUCAAUGCUCACAAGUCUGUACAGACAGGAGAGAAACCUUACCAUUGUGUCGAUCGUGGAAAAUCACUCUCUGGAGCUGACUGCCUGACAAGACCUAAACACGUUGAUAUGGCAGAUAAACCAUAUCGCUGUGAUAUCUGUAAUAUGUUAACCAAACACAAACGUAUUCAUGCAGGAGUGAAACCAUAUUGUGAUAUCUGUGGUAAAUCAUUCUCUGAACGUGGGGAUUUAACUAGACACACACGUAUUCAUACAGAAAAACCAGAUGACAUUGGCAUAAAAGUAUUUCUUCAGACAAAAUACGAGAAGAGAAGUGAUCAGAAAAGAAUAAUUAUGGAAAAUGAAUUCUGUGAAAAACCAGUGAAUAUUAAAGCUGAGUCUGAAAGCAUAGAUUUUCCUAAGAUGCUAAAAGAAUUAGGAAAAAUAUCCUACCACUUUCAUGCAGGAAACAAAACAUUCUCUGAAAAAAAUCAGUUAGCUUUUCAUACAGGAGAGAAAGCAUUUCACUGUAAUACCUGUGGUAAAUCUUUCUCUUACAAAAAUGCAUUGACUGUACAUGAAUGCAUUCAUACAGGACAGAAGCCAUAUCCUUGUAGCAUCUGUGGUAAAUCCUUCUCUGGAAGUAAUGACUUAAGUACUCACAUACGAAUUCAUACAGGAGAGAAGCCAUAUCACUGUGAGACUUGUGGUAGAUCAUUCUCUCAUAGAAAUGCUUUAACUGUACACAAACGUAUUCAUACAGGAGAGAAGCCAUAUCACUGUGAUUUCUGUGAUAAAUCAUUCUCUAGAAGUAGUGAAUUAACUACUCACAAACGCAUUCAUACUGGAGAAAAGCCUUAUCAAUGUGAUAUCUGUGAUAAAUCAUUCUCUGUUAGUUGCCACUUAACUACUCAUAAACGUAGUCAUACAGGAGAGAAGCCAUAUCACUGUGCUGUCUGUGGUUCAUCAUUUUCCGCAAAAAGUAGCUUAAAUACUCAUAUGCGACUUCAUACAGGAGAGAAGCCAUAUCUCUGUGAUAUCUGUGGUAAAUCAUUUUCUGCAAAGGGUGAAUUAACUGUACACACAUAUAUUCAUACAGGAGAGAAGCCAUAUACUUGUGAUAUCUGUGGUAAAUCAUUAUCUGAUCCAGGUAACCUAACUAAACACAAACGUAUUCACACAGGUGAGAAACCAUAUCACUGUGAUGUCUGUGACAAAUUUUUCUCUGAAAGAAGUUACUUAACUAUUCAUAAACGUAUCCAUACAGGAGAGAAACCAUAUCACUGUGACAUAUGUAGCAAAGCAUUCUGUAAAAUUAGUAAUUUAACUAGUCACAAGCGUAUUCAUACAGGAGAGAGACCAUAUCGUUGUGACAUCUGUAACAAAUCAUUUUCUCACAGUGGUACUUUAUCUAGUCACAGGCAAAUUCAUACAGAACAGAGUCCAUAUCAGUGUGAUAUCUGUGGUAAAUCAUUCUCUAAAAAAGGUCACCUAGCUACACAUGUUCGUAUUCAUACAGAAGAAUAAGGAUAUUUAUCUCACAUAUUAUUUUUAGAAAAAUUAUCGCAUAUAACCAUAAAUUAUUCUCACAGGAAAGAAGACAUAACAGUUUGGUAACAAAUCACAUAAUCAUAACUAUAUCUUCAUUGGUUAGAUAAUUUACCACUGUGAUAUUGUUAAUAAAACCACUUUUUCAGUAUAACCAUACAUAGUCCAUUUGACUUAUUUCUGAAAGAGGGAAAAUAGAUGCUAAAUGAUGAUGAUGAUGAAAAGGAUACUUUUGAUAUAUUUGGCAUUGGGUAAAUAACGGAAAAUAUAUAUUGCUGUAAAUUAGGGAUACUAUCAUGGUAGAGUUGAUGUUAUUAAAUACAGAAUGCAUAGAAAAUACUUCUUUGUGGCAUAAGACAAAAUACUUAUUUGUCUACAUGUAUAUAUAUAUUAUUAUUAUUUCACCUAGGCAUAGUGACAGCAAUAAACUCAAUAUAUAUAUGCUUCAAGACAAAGGAAUAAGAAAUUAUGUCAUAAGCAUUAUUGACUUAUGGCUGUUUCUGCAAUAAGAUGCAAUGCAAUCCUAGUUGAAUGCUUGUCUAUCACUCUAUAGCUUCAUUGGAGCUUUAAACAUGAGGUGCAAUUUAUAUAUACAUAUUUAUUAAUGUUUGUUUUUAUGUUCAGUUAUAAUAAAAACAAUUUUACAUGAAUAUAAAGAAAUACUCCAUACUUUUGUAGUAGAGUACAAAUUUGUUAUUCUUUAACAAGAAUAAAACACACACACACACACACUUUCUUAUUGUUGAGCAGUGUAUUCUUGGUUUUGGCUUACAGCCUGUCAAAAUGGAAAAUAGUAUGCAGGUACAGCUGACUGACAGUGUAGCAAGGGAAACAACCUAAAUUCUUUUUUAAUCAUCACCAUGCAAACCAUGAUUGUAUAAUUACUUCCAGCAUAAAAGAGGCUAUUCCCUUCCAGUUAACAUGUCUGAAGGGUCGUCAGUAUUGCCAAGUGCAAAACCGUUGGUAAUUUUGCAGUUGAUUAUAUGCCAUAACUAGGAAUAUAUUGUUCGACGAUAUAAAAGUAUAACUGCUCCAGUUUUUGUUUAGGAAUUAAAAAAAAUUUUUUUUUAUCUUAGCCAAAGCCUUGGAAGUUAAUUUGGUCGACAGAAACUGAAAAAAGCCCAUUAUAUAUAAGUAUGAGUGUGUGAAUUUGUGUUUCUUUGUCAUGACGUGCAUUGUAAACGAAUAUCACUCCUGUCCUUUGUUUUCAAUGUUUCUUGAAAGCAUGUCUAGCUGUGGGGAAAUACCUUGCUUGGAAACUGGUGAGGAUUGGCAAUAGGAAAAAGCAUUUGGCCAUGGAAAAUCUGCUUUAACAAAUUCUUUCUGAGCCAUGCAAAUAUGAACAAAGUCAACUUCAAAACAACGAAGAAGAUUCUCAAUCUUAUGAAUAAUUUUGUUAUGUAUAUAAAUUGUUGAAGGUAUGAGAUGAUGUUAUUGGUUAGCUUUUGUAUUAAAUUCAUAAUUUAUAUUUUUGGCAUAAUUCCUUCAAAAUUUAAUGGGUCAAUAAUAAUAAUUUACAUGUUUCCAUAUAUAUAUUUCAGCUUAAUAAGGCAGUGAGUUGGCAGAAUCAUUAACAUGGUGGGGGAAAUGUUUAGUGACAUUUCGUCCCUCUUUAUGCUUUGAGUUCAAAUUCCACCAAAGUCGAUUUUUGCCUUUCACUAUUUCAGGGUCAAUAAAAUAAGUACCAGUUGAACACUGGGUCAAUGUAAUCAAGUAAUCCCCAACCCUGAAAUUACUGGCUUUGUGCGAAAAUUUUAAAUCAAUAUAAAUAUUAAUCAUCAUCAUUUCCUCAUGUUUUCUAUGUUGGCAUCGCUUCGGUAUGUCAUCACAGUCUGUCUCCCUUCUUAUUGGGAGUUGCUGCUCUCAUAGACUGGUGUCUGUACCUGUUGUGUGGUCUGAUUUCCACAGCCCUUCCUUUUGGCAACCACUUUUACAGCAUACAACUAAGUCUAUUUUCUCACACUCUUGGCACUAAUUCUAUACAACUUGAAUUGUCCUCAACAAGACAUGACCAAAGGAACUCCACAAUCUUAUGCUUUCUCUGCUUAUUUACCAACCAAUUCAUAGUGUACUGAGUGUAUUCUCUCAUAGCAACAGCACUAAUAGAGGGUAUCAAGUUCACAGCAAGAUGGAACUAGAUGAACCCUCACAACCCUAUGCUUUCUUUGUUCAUUUGCCAGCUGCUUUGCAGUGUGCAUCAGAUGCAUCGGAUGCAUUUUUUCAUGGAAUCAAUGCUAAUGAGAAUACAUUACACACCAGUCAUUCUGUAGGGAGCAAGGGUAUGAGGCUUUCUAUCAUGGCAUCAGCCCAUGAGAGGUUCUCAUCAAUGACGUGAUUUGUGACUCAUUCGUAUCCGUGUCCAUUCUCCGUUGGUGGCAUACAGUUCUAUCUUCUUCAGGUUUUCUGAUUAUUCUUUGGAACCUAAAAAUUAAAACUAAACAGGUUUACAGUUCGGUUUUCCUCAUAACAUUUCACAUGUAGCACAACUAAACAAGACUUAUGCUAGCCCAACCAUAAACUUUUAACAUUCACCAAUUUAAUAUAAUGCCACAAAGAAGUAUUUUCUAUGCAUCAUGUAUUUAAUAACAUAUAUAUUAUUUACAAGAUGUAACUAAAUAAUUUAGGAAUAAAGUGUGUUUUCAUUUUU